GAGGGAAUGACCGAGAAUGACUGGCGAGGGUGUGUGUGUGCGUUCCCGCAGCAACAGGGAAGAUGGCAGCCCUCGCAUCUCUCACCCAGCUGUCGAGUGGGAGCCCUGUAUAUGAGAGCUUUUACAGACAGGUGGACCCUGAAAACACAGGAAGAGUGGGUCCCACCGAAGCGGCAUUGUUCCUGAAGAAGUCUGGCCUACCCGAUGCCACGCUGGGAAAGAUCUGGGACCUGGCAGACCCAGAUGGUAAAGGCUUCUUGGACAAACAGGGCUUUUUCGUAGCGCUGCGGCUCGUGGCCUGCGCUCAGAGCGGCCAGGAAGUCAGCCUCGGCAGCCUCAGCCUCAACAUUCCUCCCCCCAAGUUUAAGGACACCAGCAGUCCCUCUCUCAGCUCAACAGCACCCCCUAGUGAGCCGCUGUGGGCCGUCAGGCCUGAAGAGAAGGGCACGUUUGAUGGGAUAUUUGAGAGUCUGGCUCCAGCGAACGGGCUGCUGUCCGGGGACAAGGUCAAGCCCGUGUUGAUCAACUCCAAGCUGCCUCUAGACGUGCUGGGAAAGGUUUGGGAUCUCAGCGAUAUCGACAAAGAUGGCCACCUGGACAGGGAUGAGUUUGCGGUGGCUAUGCACCUGGUGUACCGGGCCCUGGAGAAGGAGGCCGUUCCCUCGGUGCUGCCCUCUUCCCUCAUCCCUCCCUCCAAGAGGAAGAAGGCCCUGGGCUCGAUCCCUGCGGCGCCGCCCGCCCUGCCCGCCAGCCCGCCUCCGCCCAAGGACAGCCUGCGUUCCACCCCCUCCCACGGCAGCAUGAGCUCCCUGAACAGCGCCGGCAGCCUCUCGCCCAAGCACACGCUCAAGUCGGCGCAGUACGCGGUGAACUGGGUGGUCCCCGUCCCGGACAGAGGGCGCUACGACGACAUCUUCCUGAAGACGGACGCCGACCUGGACGGCUUUGUCAGCGGACAGGAAGUGAAGGACAUCUUCAUGCACUCAGGGCUUCCUCACAACCUGCUGGCUCACAUCUGGGCCCUGGCAGACACCAGGCAGAUGGGGAAACUGACCCGGGAGCAGUUUGCCCUGGCCAUGCACUUCAUCCAGCAGAAAGUCAGCAAGGGCGUCGACCCCCCCCAGGCCCUCUCUUCAGACAUGAUCCCCCCCUCUGAGAGGGGCACCCCUGUCCCCAGCUUGUCUGGCUACAUCACGCCCGUGGGUUCGGAGAUCGCCGCUCUGUCCGAGAUGAGGCGGGACAGCUCCAGUUCCGUGGGGUCGGGAGAGUUCACAGGCAUCAAGGAGCUGGACGACAUCAGCCAGGAGAUCGCCCAGCUGCAGAGCACCCUUGCUUUUACACACUGGAAUGCUCUCAGGGAGAAGUACACCCUGGAACAGGACAUCCGAGAGACGGAGGAGGCCAUCCGACACAAGUCUUCAGAGGUGCAGGAGAUGCAGAGCGACCUGGACAGGGAGACGGCCAGCCUGGCCGAGCUGGAGGCCCAGAAGCAGGACGCCCAGGACAGGCUGGAUGAGAUGGACCAGCAGAAGGCUAAGCUGGAGGACAUGCUGAACGAAGUCAGGACCAAGUGUCAGGAGGAGUCCCAGAUGAUCUCCUCCCUCCAGAACCAGAUCCAGUCCCAGGAGUCGGACCUGCAGAGCCAGGAGGAGGAGCUGAGCCGGGCGCGGGCCGACCUGGGCCGCCUGCAGCACGAGGAGCAGCAGCUGGAGCAGAGCCUGACGGCCGGCAAGAUCCAGCUGGAGACCAUCAUCAAGUCCCUGAAGGCCACCCAGGACGAGAUCAACCAGGCCCACUGCUGA